CAGCCCGAUCGCCCGCCCAUAAUCAAUCCCUAGUCUCCCUGGCGACGGCGACGGAGGCUCGGGCAUAGGGUGGCGGCGGCGGCGCGCAGAACGGACGGCGGCAACUCAUCUCUCUCCUCAUGCGUCUGAACUUACUGGUUCUGAACCUUUUUUUGACAGCAUUGGGGUCCCCCCCCCCCCUGAUUUUUAUCAGCUGACAGAUAGUUGUGAUGUUUGCAGUAAAAACAUCAAUCAACCCAGGAAUGGCAAUGUCUUGGACAAGAGUGUUGAAGAGUGGAGUUAUUCCAAGAGACGCUGCGGCUCAAUUGGUUGGGGUCAGAAGCUUUGCGGUUUCAGCCAAGGGAAAGAAGGGUGGAAAAGGUGGUGCAGCUGAUGCUAAGCCUGUGCUGAGCAAGGAAAUGAAGAGCACAACUGUGUUUGGGGCUAACAUCCUGAAGGAGGGUUCUGAUCCCAAGAUCCAACCAGAUUCCGAAUACCCUGACUGGCUGUGGCACUUGGUGGAUAAGCGCCCCGUGCUGAGCGAACUUCGGAGGAAAGACGCCAAGACGCUGCCUUACGAAGACCUGAAGCGUUUCGUCAAGCUGGACAACCGGUCUCGGAUCAAGGAGAACAAUGCUCUCACUGCUAAGAACUGAUCAGGACGGGUCUGUCUCAGGCAUGUAGUGGUCCAAGCCUUAUCAUCAUGUCUGUCUUUUUCCUACAAGACUUAUUAGCGGACAUACUAGUUGUUUUCGGUAAUAAUGUCAUGAACACAUGCGAGAGCAUGUGGAUUCCUGGAGAUAUCACAACAAUUACUGAACUUAGAGAACAGCCUGGAUGUUGUAUAACGUGGAGCAACAUGGGAUGCCAUGGAGUUGUAUUGUCGCCAUUCUUAGUGGCCAUGCAAACUGAUUGACAUUUACAGCCAACUAAUGUGAUUUAUGUUAUGGUUUGCGAUCA